AUGGCACCAAGUCAAAAGGUGACAAAAAAGUGGGAGAUCUUCGCGGGCCGAAACAAGUUCUUCUGCGACGGCUACCUAAUGACGGCACCAAACUCGGGCGUAUUUUACUUCACGGUAAUACUGAUCACCGCCACCAGUGGAUUGUUUUUUGUGUUCGACUGUCCUUUUCUGGCACAAAAAAUCACACCCGCGAUACCGAUCAUCGGUGGCAUCCUGUUCAUCUUCACUCUCAGCGCUCUAUUCCGCACGGCGUUCAGUGAUCCAGGCAUCAUUCCCCGAGCGUCCCAGGACGAGGCGGCGUAUAUCGAGAAGCAGAUCGAGGUGCCGAACUCGCUCAACAGUCCUACCUAUAGGCCGCCGCCCCGCACGAAGGAGGUCUUCGUGAAGGGGCAAACGGUAAAGCUUAAGUAUUGCUUUACGUGUAAAAUAUUUCGACCGCCGCGAGCCUCCCACUGCAGUUUGUGUGAUAAUUGUGUUGAUCGAUUCGAUCAUCACUGUCCGUGGGUGGGCAACUGCGUCGGGAAGCGAAACUACCGGUUCUUCUACAUGUUCAUCGUCUCUCUAGCUUUCCUAGCAGUUUUCAUUUUCUCCUGCACAACCACGCAUAUAGUAAUGUUAUUAAAGGAAGAUAAUCAGUUCAUUGACGUCGUCAAACGGACGCCUUCCAGUGUGAUAAUAGCGAUAAUUUGUUUCUGUUCUGUGUGGUCCGUUAUCGGGUUGGCAGGAUUUCACACCUAUCUUACUACGAGUGAUCAAACAACGAAUGAAGAUAUCAAAGGUUCAUUUAGCUCAAAAGGUGGCCAACAGGUGAUAAAUCCUUAUUCGCAAGGUAACAUUUGUUUAAACUGCUUCCACAUCUUGUGCGGUCCCAUAACGCCAUCUCUGAUCGAUCGUCGCGGUGUCGUAACAGACGAGUAUCGAACGCAAAUGCAGGCGUCAGACAAGUACAACAGUGCCACUGUGCCACCACUAGUCGUGAUGCAACCGGGAAUGGAUAACCUUAACAAACAUUACAGUUUGGAACACGAACUACAAACUGCAUCAACGGGAGGAGGUGGAGUCUAUCGACAGCGAAGCUAUGAUAACUUACAAAAUGAUAAGUCCAACAGUGUGGCGCAUCUGGUAGAGAACGAGGUGCCGCUUUCGACAACGGGUAACGUUUCGAUGCUAACCGGCGUAGAAGAUACCACUACCACCACCGUACUGCUAGACGAGGACGGCAUGGAACUAGAAACAAGGACGAUAGGUGCGCCUCCCGAUAGUUCCGACAAUCGGUUGACCGGUAGUUAUACGAAUUUGUUCCGCGAUUCCAUUGCAAACGGAACGAACGCCACCAACAUUUCGAAGGGGAACUAUCACUCCAGCAUGAUGAUGAGCGAGUGCGACAAGAUUCAAAGUGCAGACGAGAUCAUCAACGUAAGCGAGCUGAUGAUGGUGUGCAGCGUGAGUGGACACGAAAACGUCUACAGCAACGUACCACCAGCCCAGAUUUCCCCGUCGGGAUCGGCCGUCGGUUUGCUGUCACCGAAGCGGGCAAGUUUCGGAAGCAGUAACAUGUCGGCCGCGGACGUUUCCUCACCGAUUAGCGGCUCUAGCGGACUUCAGCACGUGUAUUCGAACGUAUCUGGUUCCGGUGGUGCCGUUUCAGAAUUGUCCUCGCCUCCCGUGCCAAUAGGUCCACCAUUGCAGCAGCAUCAGCAGCUGCAUCACCAUCAAGGAUUAGGGAACAAUGGUCCUCAUCAUCAGCAACACCACGGGUUGGAUGACCCGUCGCAGCUGCUCAGCUCGUCGUUCAUUUGCAACGAUCUCGACCUGGAUGAUCCCGUACUGUCCAGCUCUUUCGCCGCGCCAAAAAGCCUGGGUUCAGCUGGCAAAUUAUCGUCCGGGUCCAGCACAGUGCAUGGAGCUGUAUCGCAACAGCAACACGUUAAACCACCUCAACCGAUUAUCAGCACGGUGGAGAUGAAAAAUGUCAUCAAAACGCUUGAUCCGAACGUGAUCAUUCAGCAGUCGUCGAACGGUUCCGGAACGGUGCCGAUUGCCGCUUCGGCGACCUCCUCAAUAGGUGCCAAUCCAGUUUCCAGCAAUGGCAGCACUUCAACGGCACACCACGCGAACGGCGGCUCGCCAAUGUUCAUCUCCCCGAGCGCCAGUCGGAUGCGUUUGUUGCAAGAAUCAACUAUGAUUGACACUGCGCUCGAUCUGGACAGCUUGGACGGUUCCAUCGGAAACCACUCCCAGUCGUGCCUGGUGAAGACGGCCAUCGUGUAAAGGAAGUCGUCCUAUCGAAACUUCGAUUGCGUUUCAAGUGGUUGAUGGCUUGGAAAAGGCCGAAACUAGAACGUUACCCACACACAUAUACACCAGUUGGUACAAACAUAUGGCAACCAAACAUGGCAGGCGAGCGUAGGGGUAUGUGCAAGCUGCACCAAACUGCAUCCUGAUCGCAUUGCUGCAUUGAAGGGGUCUUACUGUAAGUAAGAUAAAAUACGAACAAAUCAAAGCAUACCACAUCAUCUGUAUCGUAGUAACAAAAAUGUGUAUAUAACGUGAUGGGGGGAAGUAACAAAACGUGACCUCAAAGCAGAUACGAACAGCGUUAAUGAUCCGUUCUGUAUUAGCAGAGACGGCUUACGGCGAUACAUUUUUAGAGAUGGACAAGAACCGAGGACGUUCAACCAUUUCCUCGGUGGCAUCGACAAAUGACCACCUUGUGGCAACUACAUGAUAGACGAAUUCAAAUGAUAGACCAGUGUGAUCAGAGUCACACAAUACAGUAUUGGAGACUAACAGAAAUAUU